GACGUUCCAAUCCAAGAUGGCAGACAUGCCGCUUGAGCCGAGAUAGUAUGGAUAGAGUUUAAGUUUUAGGUGUGUCUUUUGGAAUAUCGAACUAUAAUGUCCCCCGAAAUUUUGACUAAUGUAUUGAACGAAUAUUUCGAAAAUGUGAAGCAACGCUCACGGGUUCUGUGUGCUAGAUUUAGGUAACGUUGGUGUGGAAACAUAUGUAAUACGGUGGACAAUUUUUUGUGUUGUUCGGUGUACCGUGUACGAUAAAUAUUCUGGUUUGAUGUUAAAUUAAAAUGUGGAAUAUGAUGUGCGACGUGAUGCCCACGAUAUCUGAAGAUAGUAUCAGCCAGCGGAGUUCGCAGUUUUCGGGAGAGGAUGCGAACUUCGAGCAGCUCAUGGUGUCGAUGUUGGAUGAGAGGGACAAGCUAGUGGAGAGCUUACGUGAGACCCAGGAGCGUCUCAACGACUCGGAACUUCGUUUGAAGGAUGUGGAGAAGGAGCGCGAUUCACUGCAGCGACAGAUCGCCGCCAACUUACCUCAGGAGUUCGCAACUCUUACGAAGGAACUGAACCAGGCUCGAGAGCAGCUGCUGGAGAGAGAAGAAGAAAUCUCCGAGCUCAAGGCGGAGAGGAAUAAUACCAGGUUACUAUUGGAGCAUUUAGAAUGUCUUGUGUCGCGACACGAGCGGUCGCUGCGGAUGACUGUGGUGAAGCGGCAAGCGGCCGCGCAGUCCGGUGUCUCCUCCGAAGUGGAGGUGCUGAAGGCCCUGAAAAGUCUCUUCGAGCACCACAAGGCUCUCGACGAGAAGGUUCGAGAAAGACUUCGUGUUGCGUUAGAGAGGAAUACGGCGUUAGAAGAAGAGUUAGCUUUAACCAAAGAGGAAUUGCAACAGUACAAGUCGUCGAGCGCGCAAGAGAAUGAGAAGCCGAAAGAGAACGGCAGCGUGGGAGGGUCGCCCGAGCAGAAUGGAGAACAGCAACAAAAGGAGCAAAGUAGUGUUAACGGCGAAUCGGAAAGCAACAAGAAACUCACUGAGCUACAAAAUACGAUCGCCAAGCAGUCAGCAGAGCUGAGCUCGUGGCAGCGGCGCGUGGCAGAGCUCAACAACAAGGUGACGGAGCUGGAGGAGAGGCUCUCCAAGGGGGAGAAGGAACUCACCAAGAAACAGGAAGAGUGCGCCAAAUUACAGCGAGACUUGAGAGAGAAUGUCGCUCAGAAGGAAGACCAGGAGGAGAGGAUAGCGACCCUGGAGAAACGGUACCUGAACGCGCAGCGAGAGUCCACCUCCUUGCACGACCUCAAUGAGAAGCUGGAACAGGAGCUGCAGCACAAGCAGGCACAGCUCAAGCUGCAAGAAGAGAAGAUCGCGGCGAUAGAAGAGAAGCUGGAGCUGUCGACGCAGAAGUUAGCGCAGAUGUCCUCGCUGCCGGAGAUGGAGGAGCAGCUCAAGGCCAGGAUGGAGGCUCUCAACCAGGCGCAGGAGCGGCACGGCUCGGCGGAGGACCGCAUCCAGCGGCUGGAGGCGAGCGUGGAGGAGAAGAACGCGGAGCUGAUGAGGCUGAACCAGCGCCUGCGCAUGAACGAGGAGCACAACACGCGCCUCUCCGCCACCGUCGACAAGCUGCUCUCCGAGUCCAACGAGAGGUUACAAGUACACCUGAAGGAGCGCAUGCACGCGCUGGAUGAGAAGAACGCACUAACCCAGGAGUUGGAGAAGACGCGCAAGUACGCGGACGAGUUGGUCGCGGAGAAGCAGGACAUCCUGAAGGAGCUGGCCAAGUGGCGGAUGGAGACGGAGCAGCUGAAGCGGCAGAUGCUGCAGCAGGAGAUCGCCUUCAACAUCCAGCAGACGGAUGCCCUGACGCGCUCGCUGUCGCCCGGCGCGCCGCAGACACAGGUGCCCAUCUUCCAGCCCAAACUGGAGGGCUCGUGGGAGAAGCUGCAGCAGGCGCACGCGCUGGCCGCAGUCGCCGCGCAGCAGUAUGACGUCUCCAGCGACGCUGAGAACGACGAGUCGGAAGGCGGUGUGGAGGGAGGGCAUACGGAUGCGGCGGCGCUGGCGCUGAUGCUGCAGGAGCAGCUGGACGCCAUCAACACGGAGAUCCGCCUCAUCCAGGAGGAGAAGCAGACCACGGAGGCGCGCGCUGAGGAACUCGAAUCCAGGGUGGGCAGCUACGAGCAUAUGAACGUGGUGUCGCGCCGCGGGGACUCCCCGCCGCCCGCAGCCUCCCCCUCGCGACCUCAUCACCACAAAUACCAUACGGCGCCUGCGUCUAUGUCUCCGGCGCACCAUUACCGCGCGCCGCCCUCCUCCGAGAGCCUCCCCUCCAGCCAGUUACAGCUGUGCGAGGAGGGCGGGGUGGGCGGUGUGGGCGGUGUGGGCGGGGCGGAGGGCGGCGCGUCCCCGCUGACGGCGCGCUCGCUGCGGCUGGAGCGUGCGGCGCGCGCGCUGCACGCGGAGCGCGACCGCCUGCGCACGCACUACCCCGCGCCAUACGACUCCUCCAGCCAGGAGUCGCUGUCGCUGGGCGGCGGGUGGGGCGGGGCGGGGGCGGGCGCGGCGGGUGCGGGCGGGGCCUCGCCCUCGCUGCCGCGCGCCGCCGCCUCCGCCGCCUCCAUCGCCAGCAUGCACCAGCAGAAGAAGAGAGGCAUCAAGAGCUCCCUCGGCAGGUUCUUCAGCAAGAAGGACAAGGCCGGACUUACGUUAUCACAAGGCAGCAGCCCGCGGUCCCUGUCGUCCGCGUCCUCGCUGGGUCUGUCCGGUCUGGCGGACGAGGGUCUGGAGCAGUCGAUGCUGUCGCACCCCCACGCCGCCCACCCCCAGCACCCCCCGCAGCCGCUGCAGCAGGACUACGCGCGCUCCAAGACGAAGUCAGUCAUGUACAAUAAUAACAUACUCCUAUGUCUCAUGGAGCGCCAAGGUAUCAGCAACCCCCUGCACCGGCUGAAGCUGCGGCUGGCCAUCCAGGAGAUGGUGUCGCUGACGUCGCCGUCUGCGCCGCGCGGCACCGCCUGCGCAGCGCUCGCCUUCGGGGACAUGAACCACGAAUGGAUUGGCAACGUCUGGCUGCCCUCGCUAGGUUUGCCGCAGUACCGCACCACGUUCAUGGAGUGCCUGGUAGACGCGCGCAUGCUGGAGCACCUCACCAAGCGCGACCUGCGCACUCAGCUCAAGAUGGUCGACAGCUUCCACAGGACAUCGCUGCACUUCGGCGUGGCGUGUCUAAAGCGCGUGGGGUACUCUGUGCGCGCGCUGGAGGAGCGGCGGCGGUCGGCGGAGCACUGCGUGCGUGACGUCAUGGUGUGGACCAAUGAACGUUUGCAGCGCUGGCUGCUCACUAUCAACCUCAAGGAGUUCGCGAGCAAUCUGUCUGAGAGCGGCGUGCACGGAGCUCUCAUCGCGCUCGACGACAGCUUCGAUGCUAACAGCAUGGCGCUGGCGCUGCAGAUACCCACACAAAACACACAGGCUCGUCAGGUGCUGGAGGUGGAGUUCGCGGCGCUGCUGGCGGCGGGCACGGAGCGCACCGCGCGCCCGCACCCGCACGCCCCUGCCUCCUGACACCACGCCAUCGACUAGCCGCGCUAGCGACACUAGCGACACCAGCGACACCAGCGCCGCAGACACUAGCCGCGCCGCAGACACUAACCGCGCCGCAGACACUAGCGACAUUCGUUAGUGCGUGAUAAAAGAGAUCUACAACUACAACGGUUCGUAAACUACAGUGUUGCCAGAAAUAUUUGUGUUGGCUCCUAUUGAAUUGUUAACAGUCGGACUGUAACUGGUCAGUUUGAAAAUUUUCAGACCGUUCAGAUUUUCUACUUAAAAAAUGUAGUUUACUUUCGUAUCAAAAUGUACUGAAAUAUCUCAAAAUGUAAAACUUUUGUUCCCUGAAACGUGUUUCUAUGGUACUGUAUAGCCACACUGUCGACUGAGUGUUGCCAUGUUGGUGGUUUUGUUUAAUAAAGCGUUGUUGAUACAUAUGUUAAGAUUUCAAUAAAUGUGUAUAUUUAAAUGCAGUUUAGAUAUGUACGCUUAUGUAACGGUAAUGAUGCUCCGAAACUAAGUAGAAUUGUGUACUUAAACUUGUAAUCUGAUAUUUAUUGUUACGCUAAUAGGUAUUGGCCGCACUUGAUAUAACCUUAAAAAGCAAUAUUAAAAUUGAGCCUGUCUAAUUAAUUAUUAAGCGAUUCUGAGUAUGGUUAAUGUUAUAUUGUGCUAUUUUUUAUGUUCAAAUAAAAAAAUAUCAACUUUUUCUAUAUGUUUUUAAAUUUAAAUCGAUAUAUAAAUAUGUUUUUUGAGGUUAUAUCGUGUGUGUUCAUUUUACAAAUUUUUUAGAAGUUCAUUUUACAAACUUCGUAUUUAAUUAGAUUUGUAUACAUUUGAAUAUGCUGGUUAAUUAAUAUAUAAGAUUUAAUAUUUCCGGAUCAUAGCUAGACUUGUACUACGGCGUUUGUAAAAUGAACAAUCUUGAUACUUGAUGCCAAAUAUUAGUUACAUAGUCGAGUUGUAAAAUAUCACCGCAAUUUGAUACUUGGAAAUAUUAUAUUUCAAAUAUAUGAAAUUUAGAAAAAUUAAUUCUGCGCGUUUUCUCUUUUAAUUUAUAAUUUCGGUGGUAUUUUAUGAUUCUUAGUAUAACUAAUAUUUUCUAAAACAUAUCACAAUUUUAAAGGUGAAAAUAAUCUUGGAAAUUGUGUUAUGUUUAUAUAAACAUACUAUGUACUCAAUAAUUAAGUAUAUUUCAAACAUCACAGAAGUAUUUCCAUAUAAAUAAUGCGAGAAAUCGUCAAACUUAAUUUGUAAAACAUUAACAGUCACUCAGAGUUGUUUAAUGGCCAUUAAAGGCGUUCCUUAGAUUGAAGUUUCAUAAUAAACGUACCCUAAGGGUUCCUUCAGCGACUAUUAAAUCACUGAGUGACAGUGAAUUAUAUAGGGCUUACAGUAACAUUUAAUAGUAACGUGCUAUGAAUAAGUCUAAACUGGUAUAGACUAAUCUAGACUGGUAUAUACUAAACUAUACUGGUAUAAACCAAUCAAGACUGGUAUGGACCAGUCUGGACUGGUAUAGACUAAUUUUGACUGGUGUAGACUGGUCGGGAUUUGUAUAGACUAAUCUAGACUGGUGUAGACCAGUCUAGACUAGAGUGUACCGGGCUGGAGCCGCAUGCCGAGCCCCCGGGCCUGUAUAUAUUAGCUUAACGUAGGUAAAUGUGUGCCUCUCCGUUUGUCUGUCUGUCUAGAGUUCAAUGUGCCCGAUUGUAUUUAUAUGUGAGUGUUUGAAUGUUUCCCCGCUAUAAAUCGAAGGGAAUCCGCUUUGAAAUCGAUAUGUUGAAUUGGCGGUCAGAUUGACGUUGACAGCUGUCACUGUCAGUUUGACGUCGCGCAGUGAAGGGAGCGGCGUGCAGUCUGUGGAGUGCAUCUAUCUCGGUCUGGUUGUCGCAACAAACAGACGGACGCACACAAACUAGUCUCGUGUACAGUGUUACGACGUUUUGUAAUCUAUCUAUUUUAUUAAUUACAUUGUAAUUGCAUACAAUCGGAACUUAGCUAGGGGUAUAUUUUUGUUAAGCGUUUUACAAUACGCUCGUCGCGACUGCCCGCCGAUUGCGAUCAAUAUAAAAGGAUUUUUUUACAUACUAAUAAAUAAUAGGUAUUUGUCAGUUUCUGUCAUGUGUAAUUUUUUUAUUAUUAACGCAAUUUAGUUAGGACAAAUCAUGUUUAGUAAUGCAUUUAACAUUAUUAAUUAAUAUAAUAUGAUUUAAUAUUAUUAUUAAUAAUAUGUUUAUUUUGACAAUGUCAGUAAGCAGCGGCCGUGUCGAUGUCGCGACGAGCACAAUAGUUAACUAAAUAAAAUAUAUAAUUGUAUAGCUAACCGAUUUUAAUUUGGUGGAUUUAUUAGCUAAUGUAUUGUAAAUAACGGUUUGUAUGUAGCGUUUCUAUCGAAGUAGUACCUAGGUCACGUUCUAGUACCAACUAGACCUAUCUUGUUGAACGCUUCCUUCUAUUUAUUGACUAGUUUAACCUAAUUUAUUAAGUUAACACUUAACGCCAGUGUAAUACCUCUACAGCUUUCAAACUGAAAUGUGCCCAAUCUAUGGCGCAUUUUGUACCUUUUUUAAAUAGCGUGAAGGUGUAACGUGUCGUGAUGUACAGGGGCUCUGAACACAGAUUUUGUAACAGUAUUAUAUAAUUAAGGGCGCGGCCUCGGGUUAUUUAAUGUAGAUCACAAAAAGAAACAUUUUCAACGACAAUCUAGUCAAAUAUAGACCAAAUUGUUCACAAUUUGGUGCUGUUGUAACAGUAUCUUGGUUUUGUAUUUUACGUCGGGGUAUGUACGGGCUCGAAGGUAUUUUUUUUACGUGUUUUUGUAUACUUGACUGUUUAUUUGGGUUUGUAAGAUCGUGAAUUUACAAUAAUGAUGGUAACUUGUAACUUCAAUAUGUUUACUAGAAAAAUUAGGUUCAAAGUGGCCCGGGGCCGCGAUUCUGUGCAGCCCCUGCUUUGUUAGGAUGAACAUGUAAUAUACAGUUAUACAUCUAAAUUUUUAUUAUAUAAACAUUCCUAAUUACAAAUCAAGGUAGGCUUUCCGGCUCGAAGGACUAACACUUAAAAUACUGCGGGGCUAUUUAUUAGAUUAAUUAUUAUGCUGACUGAUUGUUUUAAGUUUGAAAACAGCCAAUGCAGCAAACCCUACAGUUCGGUAUUGUUUUUUGACGGAUGACUUUUUUUUACCUUCGCGUACGUGUUUCCCGACACGUCGCUCGCGACACACUGACCUCCACAAGUGCCAAGGCGCGUCCAGUGCGCGGGACUCGAUGUCGCACCCCCCACCCCCCAGCCAACCCCACACCCCCGCCCCGCCCCGCGGCACCGCCACGUCCCGCACGCGGCUCGCGCUACCAAAGACUAAUGUUACCUUCACGUUAAGGAAGUUAAAUGUAAAAUAGAUGAUUAGUGAAUUCCCGUAUUGUACAUAGGAGGCGGUGCGCUAACAUUCCAGCUUUCCGUGUAAGUUCUAGCCUCGGCCGGCGUGUAUUGCCCCCUCCCCCCUCCCCCCGCGCCGCGCCGCGCCGAGCCUCGCAACUCUAACCUUUGUAAUAUCCGAUAUAUGACCGAGAUGUGACAUGUAUUCAUCAUGAGGUAAAUACAAUUUACACAAUACUA